AUAGCCGUUGAACGUUGACUCGAUUAUCAUAACUACAGUCAGUGUUUCAACUAUAGUAUCUGGUGGUAACGUGGACCGUGAAUCAGUCAUGCAAACUUACUUUACUGUUGUUUACAGUCAGUAGAUCUACCAGUCCAAGAGUCCAAGAUUCAGUUCACUCGUCUCCAGUCUAGUCUUGCUCUAGCCCUCAGCCUGGAAGCGAAGCGUUUUUGAGUAGCAGCGGCCGUUGCCAACCUCUUGAUGACACUUGGAAUAUGGCUGCCAAGUUCACAGUCGCGGCUCAGUCCUACCGCCCGCCGAAACGGCCCGAAGACCCUGGCAAAGCUGGACAGAGGAUUCGUCUAGCAGCUAACCACUUUGCCGUAGAUAGGCUACCUAAGGAAGAUAUUCACCACUACGACGUUGUCAUAAGUCCAACCGAACUACCCAAGCGUGUAAGAAUCGCUGUUGUCACAGCUGUUCUUCAAAGUGGAGAUGGUCGGCUCGGAGGCCAGAAACCCGUGUACGACGGAACUGCGAAUAUGUAUUGUGCUCGCCCGUUGCCGUUCGACAGUGAACACGCCACUUUUGAAGUCCAGUGGGCCGAGCCAGAAAGACCCGACACUAGAAAGACGUAUCAAGUGACAUUGAAGCGAGUGUCCCGAAUCAGUACAGAUCUGUUGACGAGCUUCGCACAGCAGGCACAUUGCCGGAAACCGGAACAUCGCAAAGAUAGGCGGCAGCAAGCCCUGCUAGCUGCGGAGAACUUGCAGCCCGCCAUUCAAGCACUAGAUGUGAUCUUGCGCUACGGACCGGCGAGUCGAUACGUGUCGGUUGGACGCUCGCUCUUCUCGCCAGGGGACAGCACUCAGAUCGCUGGCGAUAUUGGAGGAGGCAUGGCCGCAUGGCGCGGCUUCUACUUGUCCGCCAGACCUAGCAUGUGGGGAGUACAGCUCAAUGUCGAUGUGGCCCAUACCGCCUUCUACAAAGGCCAGGCCGUUAUUGACUUUCUGAAUGAGGCCAGGAAAGGCCGGGGAAUCGAAUAUCCCAUUGAGAGAGGACAGUGGCGGGACGAACACUGGAGUAAGGUCAAACCUGAUUUGAACGGUCUCAAGGUAGAAGUCUCCCAUUCUGGUGCCAGGCGCACGCAUCGUGUCAUAGACAUUUCCGUCGAACCCGCAACAGGCAUCGUGGUCACAUCGCAGGACAGUGCUGGUGAAGAAGUCAAGACUUCCGUUGCCGACUAUUUCAAGAAUCGCUACAAGAUACAACUCAAGUACCCUGCCUUGCCGUGCGUCCAAGUUGGCACGCGGGAAAGACGGACCUUUUUUCCAAUGGAGUUGUGCACGAUCGCAUCUGGCCAGCGUGUCGACAAGAAGCUACUGGAGCGCAGUGCUGCCAAAAUGAUAACCGCGACGGAACAAUCACCUCCAAAGCGGAGGGUGGCAAUAAUGCAGAAAGUCAGAGAGGCUAAACUGAACCAGAGUGAGGUACUGAGUGACUUCGGCAUUCACAUCAAAGAGGAUAUGGUGGAGGUGACCGGGCGUACCAUCGACGCUCCCGGAAUGAGGCACUGCAAGACUGGUCCUCCCCUGCCUCUAAAAAACGGCGCGUGGAACGCACAUGGGAAGAAGUUGUAUGAUCCCAAGAACCUGGAUGCCUGGGCUCUGAUCAAUUGCUAUCAGGAGGUUAACGUCAAGACGUUAGAGAAGUUCUUCGAGCAACUUGGGUCGUGUGCUGCACAGGAUGGCAUUACGCUGAACCCGAGACCCGAAUGCUGGAAGUCCGGACCGGCCGGACCCAAGAUGUACCAGCAGGUAGUCGACUGGUAUAAUGUAUCCAUUGCGAGGAACCAUCCAAUUGAGCUGUUCUUCUUUAUUUUGCCUCCAAUGAGUUCAUCGGUUUACAGCGAUAUCAAACGCCUUUGCGACACUGAUCUUGGUGUCCCUUCGCAAUGUUUCCAGGGCGAAAAACUUCGUAAAGCCACCAGCGAUAUGCUCUGUCACAGUGUUCUAUUGAAAAUCAACGCCAAGCUGGGCGGGGUGAACUUCGUCGUUGACGAACGCAGACGGCACCCAUUCCUCCGCGACUCUGCGCGCAACAUUGUUCUGGGUGCUGACGUCACGCAUCCAGCAGCUGGAGACUCGUCCAGUCCGUCCAUUGCUGCAGUUGUCGGGAGCCAUGGCAAUUCUGCGAUGAAGUAUAUAGCCCGGGUUAGGGCUCAGAAUCACAGGCAAGAAGUGAUUGCGGACCUCAAGGACAUGGUUCAGAGUCUGCUGCAGCAGUAUGCCCAAGCAGCGGGCCGUCUUGCUCGUUCAAUCGUUUUCUAUCGUGACGGCGUGAGUGAGGGUCAGUUUCAGACGUGUCUGACAGAAGAGCUGUGCGCAAUACAACAAGCGUGUCUGUCAAUUGACAAAUAUUACAAGCCCGGCAUCACAUUCAUCACUGUGCAGAAGCGGCAUCACACGCGCUUCUUCUACCAGCACCCCCGCGAGAGAGGCGGCAAUAUACCUCCCGGAACGGUGGUGGAUCAGGGAGUGGUUCAUCCGACCGAUCACGACUUCUUCUUGUGCAGCCAUUUUGGCCUUAAGGGCACAAGCCGUCCAGCACACUACUAUGUGCUCUGGGAUGACAACAGGUUCUCUCAGGACUCGCUGCAGCAGCUGACCUACGAGCUAUGCCACACAUAUGUACGCUGCACGCGCAGUGUCAGCAUACCGGCGCCGGUUUACUACGCGCACCUGGUGGCGUUCCGCGCGCGGCACCACAUCGCCGGGAAUGCCGGGGACGACGGCGACGAUGGCAGUGGGCGGCGGGGCAGAUCAGGGAAGAGCGGAGCGGCCAGGCCAGCUAGUCCGCAUGCCAAGGACACGCCUGAUAGCCGACACCAGGCCCGGGGACUCCAAGAGGCUAUUUCUGUCCAGGAGGCGCUUCUGUCCAGUAUGUAUUUUGUGUAAGUGUGCCAGGGCACACCCAGCUGACGGCAGACGUGACACUGGCAUUCCAGCAAAGCCUAGCCGACAUGUAGGCGACUCAUUGGUCUUGUUCGUUUUAACCAUAGUCUAGCCAUCGCUCUCAGUGACUAGUAGUGCCUGCACGCAUGUGAUGCUUUUAACACGGAACAAACUUUGUGAAACUGUCUUGACCAUUAAUUUAAAAUGUUGGAUUUCUCAGGCAGCAGCUUUGUGAGGAAAGCCUAGCCCGGCGACAUGUAGGUGAACACAUUGGUCUUGUUUGUUUGUUCUAACCAUAUUCAGUCUAGCCAUCGCCCUCAGUGACUAGCACUGCCGGCAUGCGUGUGAUGCUUUUAACACGGAACAAACUUUGUACAAGUACUUGAAAAAUGUCUUCACCACUAUUAUUUAUAAUGUUGGAUUUCUCAGGCAGCAAGUUUGUGAGGAAAGCCUAGCCGACAUGUACAUGUAGGUGACACCGUUGGUCUUCUUUGUUUUAACCAUACUCUAACCAUCACCGAACCACACAGAGAGUCAGUGCACGUUUUUAACACGGAACAAACUUGGUAGAAAUGUCUUGACCAUUCAGUAUAAUGUUGGAUUCGUUGGGCA